AUGUCAUCCCCAUUGUAUCCACAUGCACAUCAGGCGGAGUACCUGCCAGCAUCAGCGGCAGCAGCGGACGGCAUCGGGGCUCAUCACUACGGCCUCGCAGUGGACCUCUACUCCCACUUCACCUCGCCCAUUCGCCGCUAUGCUGACCUGCUGAUGCACUGGCAGUUUCCGCUCAAAGCUGAUUUGACACUCCAUUCUGCUUCCCUCUCCCCUCCCAUCCUUCCCUCGCCUCCCUCCAGCCUCUACUCCCACUUCACCUCGCCCAUUCGCCGCUAUGCCGACCUGCUCGUGCACCGGCAGCUGUUGGCAGCACUGCAGCAAGGGAAGCGGGAUCGUGGGGAGGCGGGCGGGAAGCAGGGAGGGAGAGAUAGCGGCCCAUCUGAACAGCAGCACUGCCUGGCAAAGCUAGCAUCAAAGCGGAACCUAGCGGCCCAUCUGAACAAGCAGCACCGGCUGGCAAAGAUGGCGUCAAAGAGGAGCGCCGAACUCUGCCUGCUGCUGCUGCUGCGAGAUCAGCCCUUGGUGGAGCGCGCUGUGGUGAGCAGAAGGGGGUGGGGGGGUAGGUUUCUGGGGGGGGGAGGGGAGGAGGAAGGGGGGUAUUUUCACUGCCAGCCGCUGCUGCUGCUGCUGCGGGAUCAGCCCUUUGUGGAGCGCACUGUGGUGAGGAAGGGGGGCGAGGAGCACGGGAGGGGUGGUUGGUAUGGGGGAGGCAAGGGGUUGGCUUUGCUGCCAUCUUCUGCUGAAGGAGGAGAUUUGCACACGGACUGGGAAACAGAGCAGGCGGAGCAGCAGCAGUUCCGGCACCGCCUGCGAGUGAGAGUGGAGACCAGCAAUAGCCGACGCGUGGCGCGGGAGAAUCUGGGGGUCACUGCUGGUGCCGCUGCUGCUGCUGCUGCUGGUGAUGGGGAUGAGGAGGUGGAGGAGGAGGGGAUGGAGGGGGAGGAGGGGGAGGAGGAGGGUCGUGAGGGGCAGAGCGGCAUGGAUGUGGACGCGCCUGCAUGUGUGAAGAUUGUGGAUUUCCAGCAGGGCUUUUCUGUUGUUGAGUACUGGCUCUUCCAGACCCUCUGGGUCCAGCUGCUCCAUCGCUCACUUCCCCACCCUCAAGAUGGAGACACUGGCUCCAUCGAUCCCACUCUUUAG